AAAGCAAACUGAAAACUGUUUAUACAGACUUUUUAAGAUAUCACCACUGAUGCUCUUCUGUCAGAUGUUUAGAAUUUACAUCAAGGAAAAGAUGUUAACUUAAGGAACUACAGUGUGACAGCUCUGACCAGUAUUUUGACUCUUCUGCCAGCACCCCAGACCAGAAAGUCAAGUCCUCAGCAACGCUUUACUGCAUGCAGUGUGCCAGUUCAAGAUCAUGGGCUUACUGGCCAGUGGUCAGCUUUUGUUACUUGCAAUCUUUGUGUUUUAUUUGGGUCCUGUAACUGCAGAUGACAAAAAUAAAGAAGAGUUUGAUGUUCAGUACGCUGUUAUUGGAGCCUGCGUGGGUGCGAUUUUGGCUGUAUCUUUUAUUGCUGUUAAAUUGUACAUGAUAAAGAAGCACAUGUUUGAUAAUAACUUCUCAGAAUCCGAGUCACUUAAUCAAAGGUCAUUCAGGAUGGGAGAUGGGGAGCCUCAUGGUAGUCUGCACUGAUCAAUGAAUCCAAAGACUGACAGAAGACAGAAGACUGUCAUGAAUGCACUGGACUUCUCAAACAAUAAAGUCUAAGGGAAAGGAACUAUUUUAAGACACAACAAUAUAUUUUUUUAAAUGUUUUCUUACUUGACAAAGAGUUGUUCCCUUAAAUAUUCGGUGUGUAACCCAGUAGAUGGGAUUUUUGCCGUUUAUGUAGUAUUAGUAGCUUUUAUGUUUCUUAUUUUUUGUUGUACACUGAUCUAAAUAUAUUUGCUACGAGUAAGAGCCACUGCAGAACUGGAGCAGGAAGAAACUGAAACUGACCUUUGUUGACCUUUGAGAACUUCUAAAAUGUCAGCUUCAUCUUAAAUGCCCUGGAUUUGUUGGAAAUUGAGUAUUAGAUCUGUGAAGGUGGUUAAUCCCUAGUCCUGUGAGCAUUAGGUAAGCUGUGAUAAAAGUUCAGGUAAGCAUUUCAGAUUAAUUUUGUAGACAUAGAUCAGACCCUGAUACAUUUUUUGCUGCAGUUGCAGUUACAUUUAUUUGUGUUGAAUUUAUAAUCUAAAAGGAGAAGGAUCUGUCAACCUAUAGCCCAAGUCUAAAAAUUCCUUCCCGAGAAUGGGAUUGGUAUCUGGAAUAUUGUGCUGAAGGGUUCACUUACUAAUGAAAGCAGCAAUGGCAAGCUUCUUUAGAGUAAAAACUAUGGUCUUGUACCUACAAGGGCCCUAAUUCAAGGGACAUGGCCUAGACAUGAGGCCAUGGAAUAACAGGUGGUUAUAUGUGAUUGGGGCAUAACUAGGCAUGGUUGUGGCCAAAAACUUCACAGGCUUGGUUCAGGGUGGUUGGCAUCUCUGCUAAUCCCACCCUUUGCCCUUUUUUAAACUUUUAUCAAGUGUAAAGCCAUUGUAUUGUCAUACUUUUGCAGCCCAUGCUUUUACAAAGUAAAUUAUAUUUUUAAAGCAAGGGUGUAAAUGGCUUUGAAUAGGUGUGACCAGAGGCUGUAGCAAAAAGAGUAGCAAAAGGAGUUGGCCAUUUAAUAUGGGCAUUUUUAAAUUCAGAAGUUAUUGAGUUGGAAUUAUAUUGUCAAUAUGUAUGUAUGUAUGCUGGCUUAUUAACACUUUUCUGCAAAUAAAAGACAACAGCCUUUUAUAGAUAUGA